AUCUCACAUAUUUCUCCAUAUAGUCACUUUUAAUUACUUUCAUAAUGGAAUUGUGAGUAUGCCAAUGGAGAAAAAAUGCAUUAUCUUUGUGCUUUUGUUUUAGCCCAUUUCAUGAAUUUACCUGCUCUUUCAAUAUUUGAAAAACAAUAUUUAGAUUCAGAGCAUUGUGAGAACCAUUUCACACCUUGCGAAUAGUUUAAUUUUGCACAACGUUCCCGUGGAAAGAUCCAUGAUUAAAAGGAACUUGAGAAACUGCUUAUGCAUCGUGAUGAAGGUGAUUUUAUUGGAUAAAGGGGCCACAUUUAAAACCAUUUCCUCACUUAUCCCUGACCCGCCUUCUGAUAUGAAAAUAGCGUAUUUCUUUGUUUAACCCCUGCACAGUAGCCUGCGUUGUCUUUUUCUGUGCCUAUAGACGUUUGGUGGAGAAACAAAUGUAUAAUAUUCACUCCGCCCUUCCUCUGACCGCGGAGGUCCCCGCUGUUCCGAGCGCGCUUUUCGAGACCGCAGUUGGGUCUUUGACGCGGGUCCCGCUCACAUAACAGUGUCUGGAGAAAGGAAAAGACGUUUUUAGCAGCACGUGGCGGGACUGUCGUUGUCCGCUGCUGUGUUGGAGAAAUUGCAGGCUGAUUAUGCUGUGCUGACUCGACAAAAAAAAUAGGUCAGGCAUGGUGGAAGAGGACGGUCAUGUGCUGAAGGAGAAAACCGAGGCGCGGACAUCGGAAUGCCACAGGCUGCCUCACUGCUGCCGUUCCUGCUGGCACUCAUGGGAUUUGCUUUUGCAGGGCUCAAUAUCUGGCCCUCCUUCCACGUUGCCCUUAGCAACGCCAGUGUAUUUGUGGACUUCAGCACAAAAUCCAACGCCACCACCACCACCCGCCAUUUGAGCCUGUCUCUGGUCAACACGGAAACCAACACCACCCUUCUGACCAGGACCAUCCCAAACAUCCAAUCGGCCGGUCGGGUGGAGUUCAACUGUUCGUGCUUCCUGUAUGCGGGAACUUUCCGCUUCCUGCUGAGGGAGACCAGCAUCACGGCGGCGUCUCAUCCUAAUGGCACGCUCAAGCGUGGCGUGGAGAGCAACACCCGGUGGUGGAGUUCAGAACUGCAGGUGCAGUGGCCCACCUUUCACAUCGCCGUGGACCGGUCUGGAAACCACUCCGGAUCAUUUCAGGUCGGGAUAUCCACCAAUGAACACUUUCAGGCUUGCUCCAGCGGCACUGACUCGGCUCUCUUCUUAGAGGUCAGCCACGUGGAGUUCAACCAGAUAGGCCGGAUCACCAUCGACAAGGUCCGAGCGCGCACGCGGCAGCCGAUCAAACCCCUCCGCUCCCAGAGCGUGGAGCUGUCCUGCGCUUUCCCCUUCACGGAGAGAGAUUUCAUACGAGUGGCUUUGCGGUCUCCUCAUGCAGCACAGGACGUGAGGGGCUCUGGACCGCUCUACCUGUCCCGCAUCUUCUCCUACAAGCUGCUGGUGGAAAAUGCCAACGCUUACAGGGUUGGUUGUGAGGGGACUGUGACCGUUAAACUGAUAAGCCCGCCCUGUGCUCACGUCAAUGGGAGAGUGUUGCUGCAUAAGGACGCGGGUGUUGGGAUGCAAGCAGGUGAAACAGCCGUGAUGGGAUUCGGAGCAGAGGAGCCCUCUUCUCCUCUGUUGGCCUUCAACUGGCUGACCCAGGGAGAGAACGAGACCGAAUUCAACUGCUCCGUGUUUCACACCGGGAGGAAUAAGUACUGCUUCCGCUUUGUGUUCAACUUCAGUCGCUCCCCGAGUCCUGCACAGACCUGUUUGGUGGUUCACAGGAGUGCAGAGACAUGGGGCCCGUGGCUGCCGUGGAGUGUGUGCAGUGUGGGCUGCGGAGAGGGGGUGAGGGAACGGGUGCGUGAGUGUUUGCUGCCCUCAGGUGUAGGAGGGAUGCAGUGCACCGGCAUGGUGAAGGAACAGUCCCUCUGCUCGCUGGAGGACUGUGUCGCGUCGCCCGCUCCUUCUCCGUCCCACCCUCCCGUGGCCGUCGGAGUCGCGACCCUGGGGGGUAACAUGGUCGUGGUGGCUGGCAUCACCUUUUGCCUGGCUGUGAUUCUGGCCACUGUCCUGGUCACUCUGUGGAGGAAGCUGUGCCGGGCCCCUCAGUGCAGCUCCGUCCGCAGAGGCUCCAUGCACUCCCCCGGGGGACGCAAGCUCUCCGACGAGGCAUCCAUCUGCGGCCACAGCCUCCAGAGACCCAGCCUGUCUGAUGGCCAGGGCCCACUGGGGGGCGGUGCUGGGGGCGUGGCCCCAAAAGACAGGCCUUCCUUGUGCGGUCCGCCUCUCUUACAGGACCCAGAAAGACUGUCCCCCACAGGCCAGAAGGUGCUGCCGCCGAUAUUUGGGUACCAUUUGGCUCAGCAGCAGUUGAGAGAAAUGAAGAAGAAGGGUUUAAAAGAGGCGACCCAGCUGUACCAUGUCUCUUCAAGCCCAGUCCAUGACACCGUGUUAGGGACAGCUGCGUCCCCCACAAACAUUCCCACGUCAACCGGAUUCGCUCAUCCCACGCUCCGGGGUGACGCCGGCCACAGUCCUUUUGGGAUUGCAACUCCCAUUUCUGAGCUGCCAUCGGCGACUUCUCGGGUCACGCCGGUGGAGCUCGUCUUAGGUCCUUCUGCUCAUGCAAGCGGGGGCAGCUCAAAAUGGCGUGAGCGCACUGCUGAGUGGGUGGAGAUGGUAGAGAGGAGUGGUUCAGCAGGUUUCAGGGGAAGAGGAGAAGGAGAAGCAGGGCAGAGAAACUCCUUUAACAAUAAUCCAAAUUUCCGCCGGACCUCCAGUUUUAAUGACACCAGACCCCAACCUCUUUCUUCUGUGCACUCCAGACCAUUCAGAGAAAGGAGCAUGACUCAGGUGGGAUCCCGGACUCUUCCUGAAGGAAGUUGUUGGAAUAAAAGAGGAUGGGAGAGGCAGCCAUACAGCUCUUACCCCAUCCCGGAGCACGGGCCCCCCGAGUGGGCUAAAUACGGGCCCCAGAGAAAUGAUCAAAGGAAGCCCUGGAUAGAGGCAGCUGCUCCUUCCCUCGGCAAUGACCUCAAACACGCAGGAACCAACACAAGCAGCGGCUCUGCAUCUGAGAGACGCGGCAAAGCAGAAGUCAGCGGCGCCCGGGACCGUCGGAGGAGCGGCGAGGCGGGAGGUCGAGUGGGAAUCUCGGGGAUCGGGGGUCCGGCCGCGGGGCCCGACAGCCUCGGCGUGGAUCGCGCCGAGCAGAACUGGAACCGCCGUGGCCCGUCGCCCAUCCAGAGGAACAUGCUGGCACGGAAAUUAAAGGAGGCCCAGUCGUGCUCAGGGGUCAAAGGGCGGCAGCGCAGCUCCACCUUCAGCGCGUCGCCCUCAGAGCACAGAAAAGCCCGCUGCCACUCUCUGACGAUGUCCGGAGGCGGCGGCUCGCCGUACAGGCUGAGUGAGGCCGAGCGGAGGAUGCUGGACCUAGAUCUGUCCUCGGCGUAUGUGGGAGAAGAGGAGUAGAGGUUUGCGGUCCUGCACCGGGGAGGAGGUUCCAUCGCCAUUCACAGCCCGAUCCUGUAUCUGUGCCCUUUAAUCCCGACACAUUUGCUUAUAUAUGAGGGAGAGACAGUCAUCAUUUUAUUUUAAGACCUUAGCUUUCUAAUUCAGAAAAAGACUUCCAUCCAUUUAGCCUUUUUUCAUUUUCCUUUUUUUAUUUUCAUUUGAAUUGAUAAAUGUUUCUAAACGUGCAUUGUAAUUUAACAUGAUAUCUAUGUUUCUCUACAGUUUUUUUGUGUAUCGAUUACUAGUAAAAAAUCUAUCAUAAUAACUGUACUUGUACUUAUAUAUAUAUGUUGAGCCUUUUGAUUGACACUCAUCAAAACAGAAGACCGGUUUGUCUUUUUGUUCUACGUUGCUGGAUGUGCUUUUCGUAUCAUGCUGUGAAGUCCCACUGUAUAACAUUAUGCUGAUGUGAAAGUCAUUCUCACUGUGAUGGUUACCUGUACCACAGCAGUAAGCAACUAAAGUAAUAUCAUACACUUUAUACAAAGCACCGCUCUCUGGAAAGUAGAAGAUACUUUACCGUCAACAUUUAAGUAAGUUUUCAAAUGAUGAAACAACAAAGGGUUCAAGUUCAAAUGCAAA